UUCUUCUCAAGCUUAGUAAGACAGAUCAUAGAGAGAUGGCAAGUGGUAUUCUGGAGGUUGUGCUGGUUGAUUGCAAAGGCAUUCGAGAGAAAGAAUUCUUGGUGAAAAUGAAUCCAUUCGUUGUGAUUCGAUAUGGAAAUCAAGAGUGUAAGAGCAGCGUGGCUGGAGGGGAAGGAAAGAAACCAGUAUGGAACGAGAAAUUUAUGUUCAACGCUGAGUACCCGGGUGGUGAAGAUCACAAAUAUAAGCUUACUUUUCAUAUCAUGGACAAGCACAAGAUCUCUGAUGAUGUUUUUGUUGGCGAAACCACAAUAUAUGUUAAGGAUGUUGUGUCGCUAGGGGUGGAAACAGGAAAGGCUGAACUUCGUCGAGGCAAGUAUAGGGUUGUCCUUCUCGACAAGACUUAUGCCGGAGAGAUUUGUGUUGCAGUAAAUUUCGCUUCAAAUGUCUAA